GGGUUCUUUUAUCUGACAAAGACUCAGAAAAAACAGUGGUCUCUGGAGUUUGACCUUAGUAACUGCUUCUUGUGCAUCAGACUAAGAGAUCAGAAACUGAAGAACAGUAAGAGUGAUCCAAAACAUCUGGAUAGUUCUGAAAUUUUAGACCUGCAGGGUUCACUACCUUUUACAUGGGUUGCACAUGCAGUAACCACCAAACCAAAGAAACCAAAGAAUGGAGACAAUCAAAACAAAAUGACAUUUCAGAUCACGAAAAUAUCUGUGAGUUACAUUCCACCCAAGGUUUUUGAACAGGGACCAAACUUCACCAUUGAGGUCAUUCCCAAAAAAAUUCCGUAUUUGGUCAGAGAACAUGUGAUUGAAAACUUAAAACGGGCUAAUAACCUGGUGAAGAAUGUCGCCACUAAUCAACGACUUGAAAAACUGAAUGCUAAGGCAUAUGAAAAUAUCAACUUGGACAAUGUGGAUGAAAGCCUGAACCUGCCACAUCUGAAUAAGAGCCAGCAGAAAGCUGUUGAGGAGGCUGUGAAGAAACCUUUCACUGUGAUCCAGGGCCCACCAGGUACUGGGAAAACAGUGGUUGGUAUUCACAUUGUUUACUGGUAUUUCAAGAAGAACCAAGACUUUCUGGCCUCUUCCAAAUCUUUCAAAGCAAACCCUGAUCAGAAACCCCCCAAAAGGCCUGCCAUCCUCUACUGUGGACCUUCCAACAAGUCUGUGGACAUUGUUGCAGAGCAGUUGUUGAAACUCAAGGGAGUCCUAAAGCCUCUGAGAAUCUACUGUGACCAGAUGGAAAUGCGUGAAUUUCCCUAUACAGGCAGUGACCUAAAGCUUUGCCGCAAAUCCCUCAGGGAUGAAAAACCAAAAGAGGAGCUCAAGAAUAUUACACUAAUGUACCUUGUUCGUAAACCUGAGAAUCCUUUUUCGGAAGAAAUUAAAAAAUUUGAACAGUACAAAUUAACAGAGGAUGAAGUAGAGACCUACAGGAAACUGUUGAAGGAAGCUCAUAAGCAUGAGAUUCAGAAGUAUGAUGUAGUGUUGUGCACCUGCUCAUCAGCGUUAAAACCCGAAAUCCUGGCGGUCAUGGAUUUCCGGCAGAUUCUCAUUGAUGAAUGUGCCAUGGCAACAGAACCAGAGGCCUUCAUCCCAUUAGUUUCCAACAAUCCAAAGCAGAUUGUUUUGCUGGGCGAUCAUCAACAGAUACGGCCGAUAGUGCAGUGUGCCCUCGUGAAAAAGAUGGGCAUGCAGCAGUCUCUGUUUGAACGCUACAUGGAUCUGGCCAUAAUGCUGGACACACAGUACAGAAUGCAUGAAGAAAUUUGCAGGUUUCCUUCAGAAGAGUUUUAUAAAGGAAUACUGAAAUCCGGAGCUGAACGAGGACCCCGCUACCUGCUUAACAAGUACGGACUGCCAACGGCGAUCCUGUUUGGCCAUGUGCAAGGAAAAGAACACAGUUUAGUUAUAUCCACAGAAAAGGGCAAUGAGAACUCGGUGGCCAACACUGAGGAGGCAGAGCAAGCUGUCUGUGUGGCAGAUCUGUUGAUUAAUCAGUCAGGUGUGGCACCUGAGCAUAUUGCAAUUCUGACCCCUUACAACGCACAGGUAUCAGAAAUCAAAAAGACAGCCGAGAAGAGUGGUAUUGCAAAUGUCACUGUUUGCACAAUUAUGAAAAGCCAAGGAAGUGAGUGGCCGUAUGUGAUCGUCUCUACUGUGCGCUCCUGCUCCAUAUCUGAUAUAGAAAGCGACAGACCAAGUAAAGCCUGGCUUGGAAAAAGACUUGGAUUCAUCACUGAUCCAAAUCAGGUCAAUGUUGCCAUAACUCGUGCACAGGAUGGACUGUGCAUUCUGGGUAAUAGUACCCUGUUGAGAUGCUGUGAACUUUGGAAAAGACUCCAGGAUCACUAUUACAGAGCGCACUGUGUGGUGAAUCCAGCUAGUGACAUUAAGGUCCAAAGCAGGAGGCUCAGAGGAGAGUGACGGUCCUUACUGGAUGUGCUUCACAUGGAGCAGGUGUCUGGUAGAUCCUUGCUGUCGUGUUUGCAGACUAGCUUCUCUGGCCUUCAUCUCCCCCUUCUGGUGGCCUUUGAGUAGCACAUGCUUCCCUCUGCUCUGAUUGUCCGCAGCUCUUUUUAAGGUCCAUCUUGCAGAUGUCUUCAUGUUACAGCUCUCAUUACAGGAUAUGUUUUAGAAAUCUUUCAAUAUUUAUUCUGCAGAUGUAGCGCAUAAGAGCAGCCACUGCCUGUGGUGGAAGUUCAGAGUUUUUUGGGAAUCCAACGUAAGAAAAGGGUUUUUAGGCAACUGACUAAUGAUAUUAACCAAUUCUGGUGAAAUUUUUUUCCCAUUUUUUUAGUUUCAUGUUGUAGUAUUUAACUUUAAACCAACCAGGGAUAUUCUGUAGGAUUUUGCAUUGUAAUGUUAAAUGACAAGGUUAAUUUAGGUAUUAGGAAACCAACACAAUCUCAUGGCAAAAUCUUACGUUUUGGCAAAUUGGUGGCUAAAUUGUAUUAAUUCAUACAGUCUCAUUUUAUAUGUUUCAGUGACAGUUAUGUGUAGGGAUGGACCUUCAAGCUUUCGUUUUCGUACUAGUUCUGUGCGAAUUCAUAUGAAAUAGUUAUGUUUUACCAUGAGGAAGCACAUGUUUUUGUAGGUCAAUACACUAUUCAAUAAUUAAAAAUACAAGCACUCAUUCGUGUACCAUUCAAAACCCAAAAUGAGAAUGCUUAAUGCCAAUUUGAAAAUCUAAAUGGAAUUCAAACUUAAAUAGCUAAUAGA